UCUGUUUUUAUUGUUAAAAUAUUGAUUCGUUUUUCUUUUUUGGAUUAAGGCACCGACAGAAAAGAAAGACAGAAACAGUUGUUAAAGAUAGACGCAAACAGAACGCCAGUCACUAUGCAGCAAAUCCUGUAUACUAUGACGUAAUAAUGGGCUCGUCCAUGACGUAAUUCGCGUAUACCGGAAGUUGCGUCAUUGCACGUUAUUAUGUAGUUAUUGUAGUAGAUAUUUUCAUGCAAAACAACGUGUCAGAGAAGAUGCAGAAACACGUCAAUAAAAAAGGCAAACAAAUCUAGAUUUACUAAUUGUAACUUCUUCUGUAAACAGUUUAUAUUAUCAAAAAGCAGAUAUUUUAACGAUGAAAAAUAUCACUGCAAUUUGUCGAGUAACUUUGAAGCAGUUGGGUAAAAGUGCAUGUCAUGGCAGCAACAAAAGUACAGUUUUUGCAUCAUCACGCAGAAAUUAUUCAGAUUCCGAAGCUUCAAACAAAGAAAAGCGAAUCAUAAUUACAGGUGGCCUGGGGCAACUCGGGCAGGGAUUGGCGAAGAAACUUCGAAGCAAGUACGGCAGAGAAAACGUUUUGUUAACUGAUAUUCGUAUUCCUGAUAAAAGUAUAGUGAAAGAAGGACCUUAUGCAUAUGCUGACACUCUUAACUAUGACGCAAUAAAAGAAUUGGCAGUGAACCACCGCGCUGAUUGGCUGAUACAUUUCAGCGCAUUGCUCAGCGCGGUGGGUGAGGCGAAUGUCCCUCUGGCGGUCAAAGUGAAUAUUAAUGGAAUGCACAAUGUAUUGGAUGUUGCCAACGAACUUGGGCUAAAGUUAUUCAUACCAAGCACUAUUGGGGCAUUCGGCACAGAUUCCCCCAGAAACCCGACCCCGGAUGUUUGCAUACAACGACCAAAGACUAUAUACGGGGUUGCUAAAGUUCACGCUGAACGUAUGGGCGAGUACUACCACCAUCGAUUCAACUUGGAUUUUCGUUGUCUUCGAUUUCCUGGUAUUAUAUCAUGCGACACGAAACCCGGCGGUGGAACAACAGAUUACGCUGUGGAGAUAUUUCAUAAAGCGUUAUCUAAUGGUAGCUUCGUUUGCAACGUGGCUCCUGACACACGGUUGCCUAUGAUGCAAAUCGAUGACUGUCUUGAUGCAACUAUAAAGUUUAUGGAGACAGAUGUUUCAAAGUUGCACCAGCGCGUAUACAAUAUCAACUCUAUGAGUUUCACACCAGAAGAGCUCGCGCAUGAAAUACGAAAACACAUUCCUAAUUUUGAAAUCACUUACGAUGUCAAUCCAAUGCUUCAGGAAAUAGCGAACAGUUGGCCAGAUGUUUUUGAAGACGACAACUCGCGCCGAGACUGGGAAUGGGAGCACAAAUACGACUUGUCGAAAUUGGUCGAAUAUAUGCUUGAGGGAAUUAAGAAGCAGAUGUGGUGAUAAUGUGCUCGACAGUCCUGCAAACAGUGACGCAACCAGGGGGUUGUUCAGGGAUCAAGAACUCCCUUUUUUUAAAUUAAAAAAAAAAAAAAUAAGAAUACGUAAAACAUACUAAUAUAAUAAUAAUUUUUUUGUAAAACCCACUAAUUUGUUUCUGGCUGCGCUUCUACCCCAAUGGUCCCCAUUACUUUGCAUGAAAUUUUACCUGAGCGUUUUUUAAGUAUUAUUUUAUACAGCUACAUCUUUUUUAUAUAAUCGAUACAGUAUUAUAUUUAUUAAACGAUAAAAUUAUUAAACGUCAACAUUUUUUUUUCUUAGGCAAAACUGCUUUUAUUUAAAGUAUAUCACGUUCAUUGUUUCUAUUUAUAAUAAAUUAGAAUUGUACCAGUAAUUAUUAAGAUGCGUUUUAUACC